CAGUAUCGAUUUUCGUUACUAACUUCUUUCUUAACAAUAACGGAUUACAGAAUGCAGAUUUCGAGUCUACAUUUUAUAUUUAUCAUGCGAAUACUUAUGAAUUACCAUCUUAGUAAAUUUUAUAUGAUAAAUUGAUAACUAGCAAAAAUUAUUGGCUAUUGCGACCAUAUAUUUAUAUCACUACGGUUUAUUUAUCGCGUUAAAAUCAUUAAGUUUCCUGUCUUUAUAUUUCAUAUUUAUUUAAAAGAAUAGAUUUCGUUCGUUUUUCAUUAUUAUCUUAUUGUUACUGUUCCAUUAGUCUAAAAGUGAAGUGCAAUUUAUAAUUUUUGGUCAAUAUUUUAUUUACAGUCAUUUUCUUUUAUGGAACACAGUUUUGUAUAAAAAUGUCCAAUAUGACAAAGCAAUCGGUUACAAAUGUUGACUCUGACAAUGAAGAGUUUGACUGCGACAAGCGUAGAAUACCACCAGAACAUUUACCCAUGUUCCAACGUCUAGCCUCAGUUAAUGGCAAGAUUAACCGCAUGAAAAAGCGUCAGUUGAUAGACACUAUGAAAAAGAAAAAACUUAAUGUUGAUGGAGAUAUUGAAGUUCUGAGAAAACGUUUAAAGAACCAUUAUAGGAUGCAAGCUCUUAUAAAAGCUAAAAUUUGUGAAACCGAGACAACUUAUUUUCCAUAUUUUGUUAUCAUUGAUAUUGAAGCCACAUGCACUGAAAACAACCCUCCUGAUUAUAAGUUUGAAAUUAUUGAGUUUCCUGCUGUUUUAGUGGAUGCUAAAAAACGAAAAAUAGUCGAUCAUUUUCAAGUUUUUGUAAAGCCUACAAUCAAUCCAAAACUGUCUGAGUUUUGUAUAAAAUUAACUGGUAUUACCCAAGAUCAAAUUGAUAAAGCUGAUCCAUUUCACAUAUGUUUAAAAAGAUUUACAGAAUGGUUAGAAAAACAUGAGCUUGGAACUAAACAUCGAUUUUCUAUUGUGACUGAUGGUCCUUUUGAUAUGGCCCGAUUUCUUUAUGGACAGUGUAUUAUGUCAGGAAUUCCAUAUCCAAACUUUGCUACAAAAUGGAUUAAUAUCAGAAAAAUAUUUCGAUCAUUUUACUUCACAAAACAAGUAAAGCAUUCAGUCUUAUGCAAUCUUAACGCAAUGUUAACAUUUUUGGGUAUGGAAUUUGAAGGCAACCCUCACAGUGGCUUAGAUGAUUCAUUCAAUAUAUCCAGAAUAUGUUUACGAUUACUUGAAGAUGGAGCAUUUGUUGAUCAAAAUGAAAGAAUUAUUUCUCUGAAAAAUCCUACUCCAUUUGGAAAAGAUGAUCCUUUGCCAGUAAGACCUGUACAUAAUAUAUUUUGUGAUGGAAUGCACAAUCAUAUUAAAAGCUGGCGAUUAGAUUCUCGAUUGAAGAAUUUGCAAUUAAAUGAUGAUACUUAACAGUGGUUAAAGUUAGUAAAAUUGAACA